UGACAGUUGCUAGGUUAUGUCACUGCCGAUUGCGUUUUUUUGGGUUCCCAGUGUUUUUCAUAAGAUUUCACAAAAUUUUCUAUACAGAUUAUAGUUAAGGACAGGAAAAUUGUGCAAAUGAGUUUUCCCACCAAAGAAGAGCGUGCGCAUUGCUGGGCGUCGCGUGACGAAUAUUGGCGGUGCCUCGACGAAUAUGCACCCAAACACAGCUCGACAAGUGGUGAGAAGGUGCCGGAUGCUUGUCAGAAACUGCGCAAAGUCUUCGUAGGAUCGUGCCCACGGCAAUGGGUAAAACACUUUGACCGCAAACGCACAUAUGAACAAUUUAAGGAACGCAUGGAAAAGGGCUUUGAUCCGCUUGAAGAGAAGCUCAAAGCAACGACACAAACCAAGUCUUAGUUCAUAGUCGGAUUUUGUUAUUUUAUUGUUUUUGCUAAUGUUAAACUAAAUAAAAGUUGUGACUUAAACUACUUACAAAAAUUGCAUAGUUU